AUGACCAAACCAACUGUUAUGUGGUUCAGUGAUGGACACUAUUGCCAUGUAAUUUUUGGACUUGGCCCUUCUAUCACCAAUUAUGAGGAACAAGUCCUUCUGGCAUGUAUUGUGCGAGGGUGGUGUGCAAAAUGUCUUGCAAUGAGGCAGGAACUCAAUACUGAUGCACUUUAUCAGAGACAUGAACAUGCAGAAGUGUUGAUUGAGGAGUUUGAUCUCAAGACCUUGCAGGAUGCAUAUGGCAUUGUGGGUGAUACAAUUCCAUUCACCAGCAGCUUUCCCUGUGCUGAUAUAUACCGACUCAUUGCCUGUGAUAUACUACACCAGAUCAUCAAAGGGACAUUCAAGGAUCAUUUGGUCAAGUGGGUUGAAAGCUAUUUGAAGACCUAA